AUGUCGCUAGCAUCACAAGUUGGCGCAGUUGCGACGCGAACAUUUCGCGAAAAACUUGGCCCAGAAAUUCUCGAAGUUUUCGAUAAAUCCUACAAAAACUUCACAGAUGUGCAGGUAAGCCUAUUUUUGGGUAAAUAUAUAUCAUUUUGCUGUGAAUUUCUUAUAUAAAAUAAGUGAAAUCAUUUAUUUUUCAUUCCUUCUUAUGUUUCUUGAUCAAAUGUCGAUGUUCACUAGAAUUCCAAGGAAAUCUAAAAGGAUCCGCAACUCUCGGAUCUCCCCAAUCACGAUUCAAUUGAAUAUCGUGUUCCUUGAUCUUGAUCCCCACACAUUUCGCCAAAAAUAUCGCAAAACAUAUCGUAAAAAUCACAAAAAACGUGGCGAAAACGUAGAAACUCUCCUAAAAAUCAGAUUUUUCCCGGGUUUUUGAGAAACUUGGGCCUACCUCAUCAAAAAGUUCAUUAAAACUAGGCAGCGAAUUAUUUAGAGAAUGAAUCAUGUCCAAAACCCAUCGGGUUUUUCCAGCUUUUCGUUUACUUUGAUAAUAAUAACUUCCCCAAUCGGCCUGCUCUUUUUGUGAAUUCAUUUUUAUCUGAAAAUUAAAUAUUUUAGAAUAAGAAAUUCUGAAAAGCAAGGUUUAUCUUUAUAAAAAGGUCAACAUUUUGACGGGGAAAAUGAAGGUUUCAAGGAAAAGCCGAGAAAAAAUCGAUAAAGCCUAGGCUCUUGAAAAAUUGUGUGCAUUUGCGCGUCGCUGUGUAAUGUAAACGAAAACAGAUGAGGAAGAGGGAGAUUUUUGAGGGAAAUUUGGAGUUUCAAAUGAAAAUCGCAAGAUUUUCUAAAAAUUACUUUGGAAAUUCAGAAUUUUCAUCUAAUAAUUUUUUUUCUUUUGAUUUCAAGGCCGAAAAUUUUGAAUUUUGUGUGAAAAUUCAAAUAAUGGUUGAAAAAAGCCUUUUUGAUCGAUUUUGAAAUGUAAUUUCUUCUUUGCCAAUUUCCUGAAAAUUAUAUGUUUCAAAAUACAAUUUGUUGCCAAUAUCCAUUCUCCGUCUGUUUCGGAUAUUCCGCAAGACUCGAAAGUCAAUUCUGUUCUUUCAAUUUCCUGAAAAUUAUAUGUUUCAAAAUACAAAUGAUAAUAAUAAUAUAAAAACUUACACUUAAUAAGUCUUUUGUACUUUUUGUCAAUGAUGAGGUUUCUGAAGUAUUCAAUUUAUUUUUCUUAUACGAAUGAAAACAAACUAAAUAACAGAGACACGAAAAAUUGGAGAUAAAACGAAUUUAGGCUUAUUUUGGAGGUGAUGUUGCCAUGUACAUUCUCCGAAUUCUCCGGCCGAAAAUUUUGAAUUUUGUGAGAAAAUUGAAAUAAUAGAGCCUUCUUGAUCAAAAGUUUUGAAUUUUCACUGAAAACUUUCAGAAAAUUUAAAAAAAACCAUAAAAUCUAGCUACAAAUACAUAAAAACAGAAAAUUGCUCCAAUAAAAAGUUAGCUUAACUUUUCCAUUUCUUCCGCUCCCCCCAAAAAUCCAAAAUUUGCAGGUUCUUUCCGGCACUCAUCUUCUCAACAAUCACGACGUCGUCGUCGAAAGUCCAACCGGUUCCGGAAAAACACUUUCCUUUGUUCUUCCCCUUCUCCGAAUCCUCCAAAAUUCCCCCGAAAUCCAGAAAAACCAGGAAAUCGGUGCAAUUAUCCUAAGUCCAUCAAGAGAAUUAUGCAAUCAAAUUGUGAGUGUUAUCAAACCAUUUGGCGAAAAAUUGAAUUUAUCCGUGGAAACUGUGACUGGUGGACAGAAAGUCGAGAAAAAUGUGAAAAUGUUCAAAAAUCGUGGAGUGAACAUUUUGGUUGCAACACCGGGAAGAUUGUUCCAAAUUAUUCAACACGAAAAAACGCUGAUUUCACGGUGUUUGAAAAGUGUUCAAUUAUUGAUUAUUGAUGAAGCUGAUCGAUUUAAUGAGAUACAAUUUGAGGAUCAGUGAGUUUUUUGGAGGAGAAUGGUGGAAAAUUAUAGAUUUUGACCUAAAAAACUUGAAAAAUUCAUGAAAACUACGGAUUUUCUGUUGAAAACCUACAUUUUCAACCAAAAAAUGAAUAUUUCUGUCGGGCUGAAAAUUCCAGCCAUUUUCAGUUAUUUUUGAGCUGGAAUUAUCAGCCAAGGUAUAUCUGAAAUUCGCGGCUGUAAAUCUUAGAUAUUCCUGAUAAAUUCCUACUUUUUGGCUGAAAAUUUAUGAUUUGUUUCUGAUUUUCAGAUAAAUUUUUGAUUUUCGGUUAAAAUUUGAUUUGAAAAUUCGAAAAAAAUCUUCUGAAAAAUGACAUUUUCUAGCCUCAAAAGUCUCCAAAAUCCUAUAUUUUCAAUUGAAAAUUGCUGAAAAUCCCAAUUUCUAGUCUAAAAUCCUCCCCAAAACCCUCUAAUUUUUCCAGUAUGCGCGAAAUCCUGUCAUGUAUUCCAAAACAACGUAGAACUGGUCUUUUCUCAGCGACACAAGUCAAAGAAGAUGAUGAUUUGGUUGUAUUCGGGUUGAGAAAUGCGAAACAAGUCAAAUGUGCACAGGAGAGAAAUUCGGCGGCUCCGAGUACUUUGAAGAAUUAUUUUACGGUGAGAUUUUGGGCGGAAAAUUUGGGAAAAAAUGAUUGAUUUUGAGAUGAAAUUGAUGAAAAAUGCACAUUUUUUAGCUGAAUUUUGUGAAAAAUCUGAUUAUUAGCUCUAAAUGCAUGUUUUUAGAUAGAAAAUGUAUGGAAAAUGGCUAUUUUUGACUUAAAUUUCAUUAAAAAUUCGAAAUUUUGCUCUGAAGAAUCCCGAAAUCAUUUUAAAAUUUAUGAAAAUCUAAUUUUCCAGGUUUGUGAAGCUGAAGAAAAAACCAGCAUCCUCCUCGAAUUUAUCCGCCAAAAAACCGACAAAAAAUUCCUGUUAUUCUUCCCGGCUUGCAAUUCUGUCAGAUAUUUUCAAAAAAUAUUCGAGAGAUGUUUGACCAAACGACCACUUUUUGCUGUUCAUGGAAAAUGCUCGAAUUCGCAUAGAGCUGCUCAGAUUAAAGGGGUGAGUUAUUUUUGAGAGGGAAGUUUGAGAAAUGAUGGAAUUUGAUGAAUUUUGACCCAAAAUUCGUGAAAAAUGAUGAAAUUUGGGGUAGAAAAUGGCUGAAAACUGUGCGAUGAAAUUGCAUAUAUUUAAGCCACGCCCAUUUUUUCUACAAUUCUAAAGUUUUUCUAGGAUUCAGGGAUUUUUAGAGGAAUUUUGAGAUUAAAUCAAAAUAUCCCAGAUAAUUAUUCUCAAAAUUUAAUUUUCCCUCAAAAAAUCUGAAUUCUGAUGAAAAAUUAUAAUUUUUGAUAAAAAAGAAAAGGUUGUGGUUUUAAUAGUUCAGAUACUUUUAUAAUUUCUUAAAAAUGUAGGAUUUUUUGAAAAGAAUUUUGAAUUUCAAAUAAAUUAUUAGAAAAUGUUCUUUAACCCAUUUUCCUUUCAGUUUUCCGACAGUUCAAAUGGUGUAAUGAUAUCGACUGAUGUAAUGGCUCGCGGAAUCGAUAUCUCAGAUAUCGAUUGGGUAAUUCAAUAUGAUCUACCAAAACAUUCGAGUUGGUUUGUACAUCGAGCUGGAAGAACUGCAAGAUGUGGAAGAGAUGGAAAUGCUCUUAUUUUGAUUGCCAGUGAACAAUUGCCAUAUGUCGCGUUUUUUGGAUAAACAUGAAAAGGUGGGUGGAGAUGGAGUACUGUAGGUGUUUGUAGCCUCAAAAUUUUGAAUUUCUGCAAUUUUUUGGCGUGACAUAAAUUCCAUGGAAAAAAUAGGUUUCAAAGAAUUUUGAUGUAAAAUUCGUUGUUAGAUUGACGUUUUUGACAUUUUCCAAUUUUUUACAAUUUUUUUUCAAAUUUUCAGGUAAAAUUGGAAGAAGUCAAAGUUCCCACUCAUACUUCGCUGAAAUCCGAAGAAUUGCGACAAAAAAUGAUCAAAAUUCAAGUAUCAGAUCGAGCUAUUUUGGAAGCUGGAACACGGGCUUUUGUUAGUCACAUUGAAUCGUAUUCCAAACAUGAUUGUCAUAUUAUUUGUGCAUUGGAUGGUGAGUUGGGGUUUUGGGUGGAAAAUGGUGGAUUUGCAUAAUUUUUCCACGUGGAAAAAAUCCAGUUUUAAAAAAUUGUUCCACUCGAAAACUUCAAGACUUUAUCUGAUUCCGACUGUUUUUACUAGCUUUCCAAUUGAUUUUUCAAAACAUCUGAAGGUUCGUAUUCCUACUCGAAGUUUUAUGAAAUUUGGAGAAUUUUGAGACAAAAAUCGCGAAAUUUGGAAGAUUUUGAGCUAAAAAUCGUGGUUUCGGAGCGUUACUAGACCUCGUGAAAAUUGGGAAAUUUGAGCUGAAAAUCGUGAAAAUUAGAGCAUUUUGAGCUGAAAAUUUACAAACAUUUCCACGUGGCAAUUUUCCACGUUUUCGGGGUUGCUCAUGUUAAUCUCUGGGAUUUUGCACUCCUAAAUUUUUACAUUUCUAUUUUUCUUCCAGAUUUGAAUAUUUGUGGUCUUGCAAAUGCCUAUGCACUUCUUCGUCUCCCAAAAAUGCGCGAAUUAACAAAUCGCAAAGAUUUGGAUCAAUUCGAGCGAAGUUCCAUCGAAACAUCGGAAAUCAAAUAUUUGGAUCCGAAAUUGGAAAAACAACGAGGUGAAAUAAUGAAGGAAAAACAUGAGAAAAAAGUGGAAGUAUUGGCGGCGAAAGAAAAGAAAAGAAGAGAAAAAGAGCAGAGAAAAAUGAAGAGAUUUGGAGGAGGAAGAGGUGGAAGAGGUGGAAAUCUGAAGAAAAAUGAGGUGGGAUUUGGGUUGAAAUUGACUAAAAAUUGGGGAUUUUGAGUGAAAAAUAGGCACAGAGUCUUAAAAACUUUUAUUUUUGAGCUUAUAAAGUUUGAAAAAUUGUGAAUUUUGAGAGAUAUUAUGUUGUUAAAAAUAUUCAGGAAAUAUGAAAAUUGCAUUUUUUUCUACUGAAAAAAAUAAUUUUGAAAUUUUCUGAGAAUCUAAAAUUCGUUGAAAAUUGCGAUUUUCAGCUUUAAAAUGAGCUGAAAUUGACUGAAAAUAGUUAAUUUUAUUGUUUUUUGGGUGAACACUGGGUUUUUUCACUGAAAUUUCGAGCCUAGAAAAUCCACGUGGCUUAAUAUUGGAACUAAAUUUGACCUUCUAAAAAUUUGCUUCAAAAUAUGAUAACAAUUUUAUUUUCUGAAAAAUCCACGUGGCAAUUUUUUCCGAAAAAAUUCUGAAAAUUAAAUUUUUGGUCUCAGGAAAAGCCACGUGGCGAAAAUUUUGCAUUUUUCAAAAACUUCAAUCUAUUCAUUUUUAGCUUAAAAAUGCCACGUGGCAAUUUUCUGAAUAUAAAAUUUGAAAUAAAAAUGUUCAGAGUAUUUUUUUAUCUGAAAAUCACCUUUUUUUUAAAUAAAAUUUCCCCUCAAUUUCUAUUUUUCCUAAAAAUUUCCCAAUUUUUCUGCAGAAUCUCAAACGUAAACGUUCGGAAGACGAAGAUGAUACGGAAAACGAUAUUCGACUUUUGAAAAAAAUCAAACGCGGAAAAUUGAGCAAAAAAGAGAUAAAAAAUGUGCUCUAA